AUGAACUUACGCCAAGCCCUCACCCACAGGAGAAGAAACCAAAUAUUUCACCACAUCAGUACUAGACAACAAACCUAUGAUGUUUUCAUUAACCAUAGGGGCACGGACACGAAACGGUCCGUUGCGUCCUUGUUGUACGAUCAUCUCUAUCAGCUUAAACUUCGUCCCUUUUUGGACAACAAGAACAUGAAACCAGGUGACAAAUUAUUCGAGAAAAUCGAUGCCGCAAUAACAGGGUGCAAGAUCGGAGUGGCGGUCUUCUCCCCACGUUAUUGUGAGUCGUAUUUUUGCCUUCAUGAAUUGGCAUUGAUGACGGAGUUGAAGAAGAAGGUGAUUCCAAUUUUUUGCGACAUUAAGCCCUCGGAACUUAACGUUGUGCAGGCCGACGGGAGAAUCCCGUCGGAAGAAGUUCAACGCUUCAAUCUGGCUCUGGAAGAGGCUAAGUACACCGUGGGGCUUGCGUUCGACUCCGAAAAGGGGAACUGGUCCGACGUCGUGAAAAACGCUGUUGAUAUUGUAAUAGAAAGCUUGAUAGAGGUUGAGGAGGAUGAAGAGAGAAUGCUGCAACCAGCUAGUAACCAUUUCUCUUACACACAUCGGGCACUCAUGCAGCUCCAAGCUCCUCGUAAACUCUGA